GACAGCGUUCAUUUUUUUUUGGAACGUGUUACGCGUGCGGAACGUUUCGAGCUCUCUCUGCAGUGGAGACUAACGACUGCGAGCUUUUUGGAGAUAUGGAGCAGCUGCCUUUUCAAUGUUACGAGGCACAAGGGAUUGCGCGAGGACUUCUCGAAAUUUACGGUACAGAGGAGCCAAUGGAGAUCGAAUCCCCCGAAAACUGCAUGAUACCCGACGACAUGAAGCGAUCACUCUCCUUGCCCUCGCGCUGCUGGCAAGACGUGCUCGUUCCGUCUAAGAUGGAAAGGCGGAUACGAUUAAAAACGCUCAACAAUCACAUCAUUUGCAAGAUAUGCAAGGGGUAUUUAAUCGACGCUACUACAGUCACAGAAUGUCUGCACACAUUCUGUAAAAGCUGCCUGGUCAAACAUUUGGAGGACAACAACACAUGCCCAACCUGUGAAAUUGUAAUCCAUCAAAGCUAUCCCCUACAGUACAUCAGCUACGACAGGACUAUGCAGGACAUUGUGUACAAGCUGGUGCCAAAUCUUCAGUACAAUGAAAUGAAGAGGGAGCGGGAUUUCUACCGGCGCAAAGGUCUUCCUUGUCCCAAGGCCCACAAUCCUGGGUUGCUCAAUGAAAAGGAUGCAGGCUCCAAAGCAUCAUCCUCGAAGGAGGAUGAGGCAGAUUGCCACAGAUCAGAUGAGCAGGUCAACAUAUUACUGGAAUCUGACAGUGUCCAAUUGAAGCAAAUGCGUCGCAAGUUCAUUCGGUGCUCGUCCCAGGCCACCAUCACCCACUUGAAGAAGUUCAUUGCAAAGAAGCUGUUCAACAACCUUGACAGAUACAAAGAGGUUGAGAUCCUUUGUAACCAGGAGAUACUAGGCAAGGACCACACGUUGAAAUUUGUCUAUGUCACACGAUGGAGGUUUAAGGAGCCUCCACUGAAGCUGUACUACAGGCCUAAGGUAGAAUUGUGACAGCAAGAACUGCGAUGCAAGUCUAAGGUGUUAAUAGGUGCCACCGGAGUAUGAGCUUGGAAAAACACAAAAAGGGAGGGGCUACCGCAUCUUGGAUCACACAGGAGUGCGGAGUCAGUUUUCAAGCAGGAAUUGUUGAAGGCUCACUAGCUGAAGGCUUGCUUUCCAGGUCAAGCUUUAAGCUAGGGGUAAUCCUGGCAAGCACUCUUUUCUGUUUAAUGAAGUCUCCCAUUGUACAUAUGUCAUGAUCAUGCCUGUAAAUACUGGAUUAUCCCACCGACGUUGGCUAUGAAAUCAUGUAUAUUUUUAGGUUGCUUGUUCUAGAGAUAAAACUACUGGGCUGCAAUGACGUAACUAAAAGAAACUAACAGUGAAAUUUUUGUGAGGACUUAUUGCCAGUGGGUGUGUGUAGUGCAGUGCUGCAUUUUGAGUUGAAUAAAAGCUUCUGCUGUGUGAA